GGCGAACUCUCGCGUUUCUUCACUCUCUGAGUCUGAGGGGGUUUGGAGUUGAAUGUUGUAGCCUUGUAGGUGAUUGAUCGAUGGGUAACACAUCUUCCAUGCUCACACAGUACGACAUUGAAGAAGUUCAACAACACUGCAAACACGCAUUUACUCAGCAAGAGAUCGUUUCUCUUUACCAGCGUUUCUGUCAGCUUGAUCGCAACAACUGUGGUUUCAUUCCUUCCGAUGAAUUUCUCUCCAUUCCCGAAUUCGCCGUCAACCCUCUCUCUCAGAGUUUGCUGAGAAUGCUGGAUGGCUUUAACUUCAAGGAAUUUAUAGCUUUCUUGUCUGCAUUCAGUCCACGUUCUACUCUCCAACACAAAAUUGAAUUUAUUUUCAAGGUUUAUGAUACGGACUGCAAUGGAAAAGUUAGUUUUGAUGACAUGUUGACGGUUUUGAGGGAUUUGACUGGGCAAUAUAUGUCUGAACAUCAAAGAAAGGAAGUUCUGGCACAGGUCCUUGAGGAAGCUGGUUAUACAAAGGAUUCUUUCUUAGUCUUGUCUGACUUCAUGAAGAUUCUUGGCAAUUCGGAUUUGAAGAUGGAAGCAGAGGUUCCCGUGGAUUAGAAUGAGGAUAGAAAUUUCCCUAGUGUAUAAUAUACCCACAAAAAAUCUCUCUGUCAUGCCUUACUUUGGGUUUGAUGAGGGAGAUUUUUUAUUCUCUCUUUUCUUCCUCAGUGUGAAUGAUAGUAUAUGUUGAUUGCAAAACAAAAACUUGGGUGAUAAGACAACUGCAUUCGACGCUGUUUAUUUCUAUUUAGAAAUAAUGUUUGAAGUAAAUAUGAUUUUUUUAGCUAUUGGUGUGGCAACUAUUGAGUUUCGUAUGACGUUUGAAUAGUUGACAAUAUUUACUUUUUUGAACUCUAGUAAUGAUUGGAAGGUUUCUGUAAAAUA